CUACAUUUCAGAUUUGGUAAUCACUCAAUGAAGAGAGAGAACUGCACUCUCAUUACUGAAUUUACAUUCCAAGGUUUCUCCAGCUUCCAUGAGUAUCAACUCACCCUUUUUGUUGUGUUCCUUACAUUAUACAUCUUAACUAUAGCAGGCAAUGUAAUCAUUGUGACCAUUAUCCGAAUUGAUCAUCAUCUUCACACUCCAAUGUACUUCUUCCUGAGCAUGCUGUCCACUUCAGAGACCAUAUAUACAUUGGUCAUUCUGCCAAGGAUGCUCUCUAGCCUCGUGGGCAUGAGCCAGUCCAUAUCAUUGGCAGGUUGUGCCACCCAGAUGUUCUUAUUUGUAACAUUUGGCAUCACUAACUGCUUCCUGCUCACAGCAAUGGGAUAUGACCGCUACGUGGCCAUCUGCAACCCCCUGAGAUACACAGUUAUUAUGAACAAAAGGGUGUGCAUCCAGCUGGUGUGGGGUGCCUGCAGCAUUGGGCUGAUUGUAGCCAUCACACAGGUGACUUCUGUUUUCAGAUUACCUUUCUGUGCCACAAAGGUGGCCCACUUCUUCUGUGACAUCCGACCAGUGAUGAAGCUCUCCUGCAUUGAUACCACUGUCAAUGAGAUCUUGACUUUGAUCAUCAGUGUUUUGGUACUUGUUGUUCCUAUGGGUCUGGUUUUCAUCUCUUAUGUUCUCAUUAUCUCUACAAUACUCAAUAUCGCCUCAGCUGAAGGCCGGAAGAAGGCCUUUGCGACCUGUGCCUCCCACCUCACUGUGGUCAUUGUCCACUAUGGCUGUGCCUCCAUUGCCUACCUCAAGCCCAAGUCUGAGAACACCAGGGAUCAGGACCAGCUGAUCUCUGUGACCUACACAGUCAUCACACCCCUUCUGAACCCCGUGGUGUACACCCUGAGGAACAAAGAGGUCAAAGACGCUCUGCACAGGGCUAUUGGCCUAAAACACUCCUGA